AUGUUUUCUGCGGUGCCGUCUUUCGUGCUUGGCUCUCCUACCUUUGCUAACAUGAUGCAGAAGCCGCUGCUCCAUGCUCUGGGAUUUUACCAUGAACAGUCCCGCAUGGACAACAUCUGGCUGGACCAGGUUACGUCAGGACUUCCACAUAACUUCAACAAAUACAAUGACGACUUCAUCACUGAUCAAAACACUGCAUACGACUAUGAGUCCGUCAUGCACUACAGGCACUUCUCCUCCAACAAGAAUGAAUCCAUCCCCACUAUCACCACCAAAAUCCCAGAGUUCUACAAUUUUAUUGGCCAGUACCUUGAUUUCAGCAAUAUGGACACCCUCAGGCUCACCAGGAUGUGCAACUGCUCCGGGCCGCUCACCCUGCUGGAUCAGUGUACCUUUGAGUAUGCAAGCAUUUGUGGGAUGAUCCAGGCCUCUGAUGAUGUGAAGUGUGUCUACACUCAGAGCUCUGCAGGCACACUGGAUCACACACUCCUGGGGCAAUGCAGAGAUGCUGGAUACUUCAUGCACUUCAACACUAUGACUGGGGAGCCUCAGGAGUCUGCUAUGCUGGAACCUCGAAUCCUCUACCCCAAGAGGAAGCUUCAGUGUCUGCAGUUCUUCUACAAGAUGACAGGGGGCCCCGCGGACAGGCUGGUUGUAUGGGUGAAGACAGAUGAUGGCACAGACACUGUUUGCAGGAUGAAGAAAAUACGCACGUUUUAUGACAACGCAGUCAUCAAGUUUGCAGAUGAUACCACCGUGGUGGGGCUCAUCUCUGGGGGAGAUGAGAUGGCGUACAGAGCUGACGUUCAGAGGCUGUCAGAUUGUUGUGUAGAUAACAACCUGGACCUCAAUACCACCAAGACAAAAGAACUGGUAGUUGACUUCAGAAGGAGGAAGUCUGAGCUGCAGCCUGUCAGCAUCAACGGGGAGUGCGUGGAAAGGCACAGAGUUGCCAGGUUCUCGGCUACUCAUCCCUCAUCUGCUAAACUCCGCAGCAAACGUCGGCACCAGGUUGCCAGGUUCUCAGCCACCCAUCCCUCCUUUGAACAAUUCGGCAGCAAACCUUGGCACCGAGUUGCCAGGUUCCCAGCCUCUUACACCUCCGCGGCUAAACUCUGCAGCAAACUGUGGGAUGACAGCUGUAAAUGCUUCCGCAGUCAAGACUUUGGCUGGAGCACAUUCAUUUCCCACUCACAUCUGCAAAGGAGGAGCUUCCUCAAGAACAAUAAUCUCAUUGUUACUGCCGACUUCAGUGAUUUGACCCACCUAAUCAAGACUGAGGUGCCUGUUCAACUGGCCCCACCAAGCAAUGACAUCACAGAUGAGAAGUACCAGAGUAAGAUGGAAAUGAGACCAGAGGCUCCAAAACACAGGCUGUAUCCCAAUUCAGGGUCUGCAGCCUUAAAGGCCACAUUUUAUGGCUGA